AUGGAAAAAAUACGUUCUACUGCGUUUGCAUAUUAUGAAAAUUUGUCAUCGGACAACAAGCAGAAGGCACUUGAAUUUAUUAGAGAAAUGAAUAUAGAUGGUGUCAGCUGGGCAAUAAGCCUCCAGCAAUAUGAGAACAAAUUUGGAAGCUCCAGCAGGAUGAAGAAGUGUUUCGAGGUGGUGGACAGAAACAGAGAUGGCUGGUUGGAUUUUCCCGAGUUCGUCACUCUUUACUAUCUUCACAAGAGUGGGAGGCUGAGAGUUCGGUGUGAUGGCCAUGGAUGUGAUGAAGCCCCUUUCCUCAAGGGAGCUUUUUUUGUUUGCGUCGACUGCUUCAAGAAACAUAUUCAUUUCUACUUGUGCACCUUCUGCUACCGCUAUGGAAAGUACACUCACAGCCGCAGGCAUACCAACUUUGAGGAUAACUGCAUGUUGCCGCAAGAUAUGAUAUUGCCUCCUUACUCACCCGAUCAAACCCAAGCAGCAGUACCGAGUCAACCUGCAGCCACACAAAAUUAUCAGGGGGCGUUGGUCGUGGCCACUCAAUCGGUCUCUCUACUGGGCAACAUUAUUAGCAUUGGAGCUACAGUUGGGGGUUUCAUUGGGUGCAACAUUUUGUGA